CGCAGCGCAGGCAGGGCCAUGGACGCCUGGCGGACGCCGCGCGUAGGCUCCAAGGCACCAGCUAAUAAAGCGCGGCUAAUAAAGCGCGGCUAAUAAAGCGCGGCUAAUAAAGCACGGCUAAUGAACCGCAGUAAAUGAACCGCAGCUAAUGAACCGCAGCCAAUCGGCCGAAGCACAAACCAGCCACUGCGGACCAGCCGCCGCCGCUGCCCCGCCGCAGCACGGGACUCGUGAGAGUGCCGCGAGUGGGUUUUGGCGGCGAGCAGCCCAUGUUCAUGGCGCCGUUUCAAACCGCGGCUUGCCCGGCCACAUGACCUCACCUCAGCACACCGUGACAACGGCGUGGAAGGCGUCGCCCGUCUCCGGGCCCUUCUCACUGGCCCUGGCGCCGCACAUCCUGCGAACCGCGAGCACUGUAGGGCCGCGCACAGUAGGGCCAAGCACCAGUCAAACCCACCACUCAAACCCACCACUCAAACCCACCAGGAAACACAACAACACACAACACACAAACACACAAACACACAAACACCAGCCCAAACCCAAACACCAGCCCAAACCCAAACACCAGCACAAACAAACACAAACACCAACCCCUCCACGUGCCCCGCCCAAGCGCCCCGGCGCCCCCACAGAAAAACACUCCGCGCGGCCCGUCGGCGCCAACCACCAUCCGCAUGCUCUUUUACGACACCUCCCGCUACGUCUGCCCGUGCGGCGACACGGCGCCCGGCACGCCCGGGCCGGCCGCGCCCAGCGUGGCGCCCUGGAACGUGCACCGGCUCCCGGACCUCUUCUUCUGCCCGCACUGCCACGCGCUCCGCUGCCCCCACUGCUGCGACGUGGAGGUGGUGUGCAAGUACUGUCCCAGCUGCAUGGCCGAGUACACGGGCUCGCCGGGCGUGACGCGCUGCCAGAAGACCUGCGUCGAGUGCCCCGAGUGCACGGCGCCGCUCCGCGUGGCCGUCCGCGACGCCCCCCACGGCCCGCCCGGCAAGCAGUUCCACUUCGCCUGCGGCCACGCGGCUCGCGGGCGCGGGCCUUGCCGCGGGCACGGACUCCGCGUGCGUGUUGAACAUCGUCAACCCCCUGCCGCGCGAGAUCGCCGUGGCCGUGGCCACGCUCGAGCACAUCCCGAGCACCGUGUCGCGCGUGCGCCCGGCCGUGUCCGUGUCGCUCCCCGUGACGCGUGUCACGGUCCCGCCGCGCCGGGACAAGGCGCCCGUGCUCGACUCGGUGCCGACGCUGG